AUGUCUGUAUUAGAUGCGUCAGCCCCGGCGCCACGCUACGCUCCUGCUCCGGCGCCGUGCUACAACCCCGCUCCGUCGUACGGCCGGGCGCCCUCCUACGCGCCGUCGUACCAGGAGCCGCAGCACUACGCCCAGCCGUAUCAGUUUGCGUACGCUGUCAACGACCAUUACAGCGGAUCAUUGUUCUCCCAGAACGAGAACAGUGACACCAAGGUCGUACAGGGCUCCUACUCCGUCAACCUGCCCGAUGGCCGGGUCCAGCACGAGUCGCGGUACUACGCCCAGCCGUACCAGUUCGCGUACGCCGUCAACGACUAUUACAGCGGAUCAGUGUUCCCCCAGAACGAGAAUAGCGACACCAAGGUCGUACAGGGCUACUACUCGCACGUCAAGUACACGGCCGACAACCGGGGCUACGGCGGCUACAAGCGCCCAGCUAAGGCACCACGCUACGCUCCUGCUCCGGCGCCAAGCCACGCCUCGGCUCCGUCGCACGGCCGGGUGCCCUCCUGCGCCCCGUCGUACCAGGAGCCGCGGUACUGUGCCCAGCCGUACCAGUUCGAGUACGCCGUCGACGACCAUUACAGCGGCGGCUCAGUGUUCUCACAGAAUGAGAAAAGCGGCACGAAGGUCGUACAGUGCUACUACUCGGUCAACCUGCCCGGCGGUCGGGUUCAGCACGUCAAGUACACGGCAGACAACGAGGGCUACGGCGGCUACAACGCCGAGAUCACCUACGACGGGGAGGCCCAGUACCCCGAGCGGAACGAGAACAGCGAUACCAAGGUUGUACAGGGCUACUAUUCAGUCAACCUGCUCGAUGGCCGUGUGCAGCACGUCAAUUACAAGGCUGAAAACCAAGGCUACAGCGGCUACAACGCCGGGGCCACCUACGACGGGGAGGCCCAGUACCUCGAGCAGGUCACCUACGACGGGGAGGCCCAGUACCCUAAGCGGGCCAGUUACGUCCCAGCCCGCUCCUACGCUCCUGCCGCUCCCUCUUACAAGGCUGUUCGCUCCUACGAACCAGCUCCCUCUUACCGACCUGCUGCUCCCUAUUACCAACCUGCUGCUCGCUCUUAUCAGCCGGCACCAGCACCCAGUUACACCCCUGCGCCACGCUACGCUCCUGCUCCGGCGCCACGCUACACUCCUGCUCCGGUGACAAGCCACGCCCCGGCUCCGCCAUACGGGUUUUUCUCCAAGCGGAUUUCCGCCUAG